UCCUGAGCAAUCCCACCCCACGUGAUUACUAACCCCGUUCUGAGGGCAGCACGCAGGCUCUGUUGAGCACCGCACGGACUAUACUCCUGGGACAGGCAGCUCAGCUUUUCCCUUGGGGUCUCUCAGGUCCAGGAGCAACUUUACUGGCUGGGGAAGGUAGAGAUGAUCGGAACCAGUUACAAACAGCACUAAACUAACCAUGCAAAGAGACAUAUGUAGUGAGGGGUUCUCCCAGCCAGCUCCCAAAGCAUCAAACGUCCUCCCAGCUCUCAAAGCAUCGAACAUCCUCCCAGCGCCCAAAGCAUCGGACGUCCUCCCAGCACCCAAUGCAUUGGACGUCCUCCCAGCGCCCAAAGCAUCAAAUGUCCUCCCAGCGCCCAAAGCAUCAAACGUCCUCCCAGCUCCCAAAGCAUUGGACAUCCUCCCAGUGCCCAAAGCAUCGGACGUCCUCCCAGCUCCCAAUGCAUCGGACAUCCUCCCAGUGCCCAAAGCAUCGGACGUCCUCCCAGAUCCCAGUGCACCGGACGUCCUCCCAGUGCCCAAAGCAUCAGACGUCCUCCCAGCUCCCAAUGCAUCGGACGUCCUCCCACCUCUCAAAGCAUCGAACGUCCUCCCAGCUCCCAAUGCAUUAAACGUCUUCCCAACUCCCAAUGCAUCGAACGUCCUCCCAGCGCCCAAAGCGUCUAACGUCCUCCCAGCUCCCGAUGCAUCGAACGUCCUCCCAACUCCUAAUGCAUCAAACAUCCUCCCAGCGCCCAAUGCAUCAAACGUCCUCCCAGGAUCCAAUGCAUCGAACGUCCUCCCAGCGCCCAAUGCAUCAAACGUCCUCCCAGGAUCCAAUGCAUCGAACGUCCUCCCAGCGCCCAAUGCAUCAAACGUCCUCCCAGGAUCCAAUGCAUCGAACGUCCUCCCAGCGCCCAAUGCAUCAAACGUCCUCCCAGGAUCCAAUGCAUCGAACGUCCUCCCAGCGCCCAAUGCAUCAAACGUCCUCCCAGGAUCCAAUGCAUCGAACGUCCUCCCAGCGCCCAAUGCAUCAAACGUCCUCCCAGGAUCCAAUGCAUCGAACGUCCUCCCAGCGCCCAAUGCAUCAAACGUCCUCCCAGGAUCCAAUGCAUCGAACGUCCUCCCAGCGCCCAAUGCAUCAAACGUCCUCCCAGGAUCCAAUGCAUCGAACGUCCUCCCAGCGCCCAAUGCAUCAAACGUCCUCCCAGGAUCCAAUGCAUCGAACGUCCUCCCAGCGCCCAAUGCAUCAAACGUCCUCCCAGGAUCCAAUGCAUCGAACGUCCUCCCAGCGCCCAAUGCAUCAAACGUCCUCCCAGGAUCCAAUGCAUCGAACGUCCUCCCAGCGCCCAAUGCAUCAAACGUCCUCCCAGGAUCCAAUGCAUCGAACGUCCUCCCAGCGCCCAAUGCAUCAAACGUCCUCCCAGGAUCCAAUGCAUCGAACGUCCUCCCAGCGCCCAAUGCAUCAAACGUCCUCCCAGGAUCCAAUGCAUCGAACGUCCUCCCAGCGCCCAAUGCAUCAAACGUCCUCCCAGGAUCCAAUGCAUCGAACGUCCUCCCAGCGCCCAAUGCAUCAAACGUCCUCCCAGGAUCCAAUGCAUCGAACGUCCUCCCAGCGCCCAAUGCAUCAAACGUCCUCCCAGGAUCCAAUGCAUCGAACGUCCUCCCAGCGCCCAAUGCAUCAAACGUCCUCCCAGGAUCCAAUGCAUCGAACGUCCUCCCAGCGCCCAAUGCAUCAAACGUCCUCCCAGGAUCCAAUGCAUCGAACGUCCUCCCAGCGCCCAAUGCAUCAAACGUCCUCCCAGGAUCCAAUGCAUCGAACGUCCUCCCAGCGCCCAAUGCAUCAAACGUCCUCCCAGGAUCCAAUGCAUCGAACGUCCUCCCAGCGCCCAAUGCAUCAAACGUCCUCCCAGGAUCCAAUGCAUCGAACGUCCUCCCAGCUCCCAAUGCAUUGGAUGUCCUCCCAGGUCUCACCCUCCUGGCUCCCAAUGCACUGGACAUUCUCCUAGCUCCCAAACAUCCACUGUACUCCUCGCAGGAACACAUCUAUUCCCUGCUAAAGCAUCUAGCUGAAUGCAGAGAACAAGCUUGAAACCCUGGACACUUUGUCUUCACUGUCUCCUUCUCAACCAGGGACUAGACGAUCAGUCCAAAUUCGAAGCUCCAAGGAAAUCAAAUAGCCAAUUACAUCUACUUCAAUCCUGGAGCUGCCAAUCUGUCCUCCCCAGUGAAAUCCUGUCCCGCAGAACUUCGUGUGUUACUCAAAACCAGCAUGAGAUCAUCAGAGCAUGAACCCCUUUUGGAUCAGAACCAGGAACUGUUCUACUCAGCCAUGUGUAGAACAUGUGGGUCAGUUACAUGUAACCUGCAGAGAAACAGAAGACUCCAAACUAUAGGAUGCUUCAUCUGGAAGAAGUACAAAUACCUUCCACUUAAAAUAGAGGUUUAAAUUAAACCACAAACAUGUGGCCAGGGCAAAUGUUUCACGAUGGUCUGUAUUAUAUUUAUUAUACCCCGUGUUUGGAAACCAGAUCCUGCCAAAAUAAGUAUGUCUUAAUUUCCUGUUUUAUUUAUUAUUUAUCUGGGUCUAAUUUAUUUUGUUUGCAUUUUACAGAGAAUAUGGAAUGUGCUGAAUAGACUGUUUCCUAAUCAACUUUAAAGUGUUUAGUUGGAGUUUAGCUUUGUGGGGAAAUGCAUGUCGGGUUUUGGUUAUUUAUUAGACAUUAUUUAUUUAAUUUAUUCGCCCUCUGCUGCUUUUGUGCCCUUCUUCCAGGGAUUAAACCAAGUAUGAACCAAGGAAUUGAGUAUUUAAUGUUGCCCCUUUUUGGUUUUGGAAGAUUUUUGCCAGACCUUGCCGGUCAGUCCCUAGAUACAUCUAUACAAGCAAUAAUGUUUAAUGGCUAUGCAAUUAAUUUUAUUUUCCUUUCA